AUGACUCGCCACGGCAAGAACUGCACAGCCGGAGCCGUCUACACGUACCACGAGAAAAAGAAAGAUACAGCGGCGUCUGGUUAUGGCACACAGAGCAUCCGCCUAGGAAAAGAUGCCAUCAAAGACUUUGACUGUUGCUGUUUGUCCCUGCAGCCCUGCCAGACUCCCGUGGUGACUCCUGAUGGAUUCUUAUAUGAAAAACAAGCCAUUCUUGAAUACAUUCUGCAUCAGAAGACAGACAUUGCUAGAAAGAUGAAAGCAUACGAGAAGCAAAAACAAGCUCAGAAGAAUGACAGUCAGCUUGUGUCCAAGUCAGAGGAACGUGAGAAAGUGGAAAAGUUUAAAAACAGGGAGAACAGCAUCGUUUCUAAACCCAUCAACCCUUUCAUUUCGGGGCAAAGCAAAGUAGGUGACAAAAUCAGAAGGGACAGUAGCUCUUCAGCAUCAACCUCCACUGGUUCAGUGGCCUCCUCCAGCCAGAAUUUGCCCAGCUUUUGGGUUCCUUCUCUGACACCAGAAGCUAAGCCCACCCUUCUCAAGAAACCAAGCAAGACUGUGUUGUGUCCGAUGUCGGGACAGCCAAUUAAGAUGAGCGAUCUGAUUACGGUGCGCUUUACCCCGGUAGACCCAAGCCUGGACCGAGUAGCCCUUAUCAACCGCCAGGACAGGUACGUGUGUGCGGUCACCAAAGAUGUUUUAGGCAACAGCGUUCCCUGUGCUGUCCUGCGACCAUCGGGGUGCGUGGUGACACAGGAGUGUGUGGAGAGACUCAUCAAGAUGGACAUGACUGAUCCUGUGAGUGGAGAAAAGCUCUCUGACAAAGACAUCAUCCCACUGCAGAGGGGAGGAACGGGUUUCGCAGGUGCUGGUAUCGAACUCAAGGCCAAAGAAGCUCGUCCAGUGAUGCAAGUGUGA